AUGCGGCCGAUCAACAAAGAGCCGGAGGCCGUUGAGCUAGACCAUCUCUUUGAGAGCUACGUUGAGACAGACCUGUUCCAGCAGUUGACUACUUCUGUUGGCGACCCUUCUGGAUCCGACGAUCUGGCACACCUCUUUGACCUACCCUCGUCGAAUGAAAAUGAUCUCUUUGGCUUCACGCCUAUCCUCCAUCGGGAGAAUGAGCCUUGGCAUAAAGCUACGCAACUGGGCUCUCAAAACCCAACCUCGUCCUCUGAUUCAGUUGGUUCUUCAGUGAACUAUAGCCAUUUGCGUGGCAAGUCAACUUCGAGUGAUAGCGACACCCUCAGCUUUGAAGACCUUUUCGAGCUGGAGAGGAACCAACUGCGAUCUACCUCUCAGCCUUCCACACCACGACCUACUACCACCACGGGCACCAGCACCACCAGUACCACUAGCAAGUGUAUCAAGAAGGCUCAGUCAGUCCCGUCUAUCCCACGUGGAGUUCAAAAGUCACUUAAAAAGUGCCCAAGUUCGAGCUUUGCGAAGACGGCCAAAAUGAUGCAACCUUCCUAUUUCCGCGCGCCAGUUCCGCACAUGUGGGCGCGCAAAAUGGACAGCGCUGUUGAUCUCCACGCACAAGUAUUGCCUAUCAACAUGCACUCCCCUCCAUCCACAAAGAUCGAUCAGGACGAAUGCGCAGAUAGCUUCUUUGUACAACAUCAUCACAGCCAGCCUUACACAACAACACGCUCACCAAUGGUUGAGGGUAGCUCACCUCCAGACAUGGGUUUCUCCAAUUAUCAACUCACACCCCAAGCAUCGCCUGCAAUCGGCGUAUCCAACGGCAGCGAUCCCUUCGCCCAAAACAUGGGCCUGACAUACUCCUCAGCCGCGUCAACCGCAGGCCUCUCAGCCUUUACACCCCCCAGCUCCCUCCGGAUACCCAUGACAACAUGGGCACCCUCGGACUCUCCCGCAAUGGAUUUCCCCUUCUCGACCUGUCCGCCCGAUUUUACCGCCACAAAGACUGCAGGCUGGUGGCCCACGGACAGCAUGACCACACAUCCCUACCCAACGGCGCGCGAGUCCCACGCCCGCACAACGCAGCAAAGCAUCCCCGUGUCCAUGGCCGGGUUGGGCAUCUCAUGCGACAUGACCUCCUUCAGCGAUAUGGACGCCUACCCGCCGCCGGACCUGCACGCGUACCACCCGGGCAUCACCGCUGCGCGGCGCAAGUCGAGCCAGAGUUCGCACGGGCGGGCGCCGUCGCAGGGGAGCGCGGGGUUUGUCAACUUCACGCCGGAUGAUAGCAGGAAGAUACUCACCGGCGUUGCGCCAUCGGGGUCCUCGAAGACGAAGGCGCGGCGAGAGAAGGAGGCGGCAGAGAAGCGGCGGAAGCUGAGUCUUGCGGCGGUCAAGGCGGUGAUGGAGGCUGGGGGGGAUGUGGAGAGGUUGCGGAUGCUGGAGAUGGAGGGCGGGUUUUAG